AGGAAAAUUUUUAGGUCAAAACACAAAUCAAAUUAAUAACUUUCCCGGAAUUAAAUCUAAAUCUUUAGAAAGUUUUUGGGGUUUCUUUUGGUGGGAGAGAGAACCAUCCAACUGUAAAACUGCAAGUGCUGGUUGCAACAGUCCUAUAAUGAAUGGGACGGCGGGCUGCGACACCACUGCCACUUCAAGCUGUGAAAUGGACCUCAGCGAAGUUCUUCAAUCCGAGAUUCAGUAUCUCCGAAACAAAGUCAAGGAGUUGGAGUCUGAGAAUGCCAAAUUAUCUGCCCUGCUUUCAAAUUGUCACUGCCAACAGGGAAAUGAUGCUUCUAGCACUUUGGAGAGCAGAGGCUUGGUUGAAGAAGUGGGGCGUUUAAAUUUAGGCUGCAAGGAGGUCAACAUGAGGAAAACCAAGGAGAUAAAUUCAGGUCAUUGCACAACUGCCAUGUUGGACCUCCCCAAGAGAUAUGUUGCUUUAAAAAUAAUGUAUUUUGGUCAAAGGUUUUACGGUUUUGCUUCAGAGGCACAAAUGGAUCCAACUGUUGAGUCUGAAGUAUUUAAGGCCCUUGACAAGACAAGGCUUAUAUUUGGAAACAAAAAGGAAUUGCAGUACUCAAGAUGUGGUAGGACAGACAAGGGCGUUUCUUCUGUUGGUCAAGUGAUUGCUCUAUAUUUACGUUCAAAUCUUAAGCAAUUUAAAGGGAAUAAUGGAUGUUGUGGAGAAAAUGGUGAAUCAUGUGUAGGAGAAAUUGACUAUGUGAGAGUACUGAAUAAAGUGCUUCCCGUGGACAUUCGAGUUUUGGGUUGGUCUCCUGUUCCAAUUGAUUUCAGUGCAAGGUUCUCUUGUUUGAGUAGAGUGUACAAGUAUUUCUUUUGGAGGGGAAAUCUGGAUGUAAUGGCCAUGGAGACUGCUUCUCAGAAAUUUGUUGGGGAACAUGAUUUUAGAAACUUUUGUAAAAUGGAUGCAGCUAAUGUGCACAAUUAUAGGCGGCAUAUAAUAUCGUUCGAAAUGUUCCCUUGCAAUGAAAGUUUUGAAAGUGAUCAAUUGUGGGUGAUGAAAAUCAGAGGUAGUGCUUUCCUCUGGCACCAGAUCAGGUGCAUGGUUGCUGUACUGUUUUUGAUUGGCCAGGGUUUUGAGUCCCCCAAUGUAAUAGAUUUAUUAUUGGAUAUUGAAAGGAUGCCGAGGAAACCUCAAUAUAUAAUGGCCCCAGAGAUUCCAUUGGUUCUUCAGUGCUGUGAAUUUGAAGGUGUCACAUUUUUCUGUUCAUCAGAUGCCAAACAGGCUUUGCAUGAACACUUGGUGAGGGAAUGCCUAAGUUACAAAGUACAAGCCACAAUUUUUCAUGAGGCGUUGCUAAGCUUUUCGUCUACUGAAUAUGAUAACGAUGUGAUGAAAACAAGAACGAGAAGGAAAGAGGCUUCCUAUGUUCCACUUAUGUCACGGCCAACUGAACCUUCCUAUGAAGAGCGCCGCACAAAACUGGAUGCAAGGAUUCAAACACGAGAAUAGAUUUCUUUUAGGUUGUGUUUGGUUCGUAGAUGAGAAUUGGAAUCGGAAUGGGUAUCAAAUAUUUUGUAACGGUAAUGGGUUUUAGUGAAAGUAUUUUGCAU